CCUCGGGCUCCCCGCCCACAGACCCCCCGCAGGCAGCUUCGAGCUGCCCGGAGGCCGGUGGCGCGCGUGACUCUCGUCCGCCGUGCGAGGGGUGUGCCUCCAGCAGCCCAGGGCUCGGAAGGGGGACGCCCCGGGCUCGGGGCCACUGCUCUCCCUUUCUCGUUGUCGCAGACGCCCUCCCGGGGGGCGUCCCGCAACCGGCGCGAUGAGUGCCAACGAGGACCAAGAGAUGGAACUGGAAGCUCUACGUUCUAUUUAUGAAGGAGAUGAAAGCUUCCGGGAAUUGAGUCCAGUGUCAUUUCAAUACAGGAUAGGUGAAAAUGGUGAUCCCAAAGCCUUCUUAAUAGAGAUUUCCUGGACAGAAACAUAUCCCCAAACACCUCCAAUUAUAUCUAUGAACGCUUUUUUUAACAACACCAUAUCAUCGGCUGUAAAGCAGAGCAUAUUAGCCAAGUUACAGGAAGCAGUGGAGGUCAAUCUUGGGACCGCCAUGACCUACACAUUGUUUGAAUAUGCCAAGGACAAUAAGGAGCAGUUCAUGGAGAAUCACCAGCCCGUGAAUUCUACGAUACCCAUAAGCAGUAUCAUCUCCGUUGAAACUCCUAAUACAGCCCCAUCGAGUAAGAAAAAAGAAAAAAAAGAACAGCUUUCAAAAGCACAGAAACGUAAGCUGGCAGAUAAAACAGAUCACAAAGGAGAACUGCCUCGAGGAUGGAACUGGGUUGAUGUGGUGAAGCAUUUAAGCAAAACUGGCUCUAAAGAUGAUGAAUAGUACUUGGAAUUGAAGACAAGGGAAGAACAUCCUUUAAGAAGUAAACUGGGUUCAAAAUCCUUCAUUACUCUUUUCUGGUAUUGAGGUGGCUUUUUAUAAAACAGAAUUUUUUUGUAUGUUUCUUAUGUAAAAAACGUUUUAAGCUGAAAGUUCAUGAAGAGAUCUGGUUGUAUUAAAUUAUUUUCACAAACUUGCCUUAAUAAAAGGUGAAAUGUUACUGUUUAGUAUACUUUAUGAAGAUGGUUGAGCUUUGUAAAUGGACAAAAUGGGAAAUAAUAAAUAAUCAAUGUGAAUUUAUAUGCUCUUAUUCUAGUGGAUGUGAUAUUUUUUAAAGGAGUAGGAAGCCCUUUUGAAACUCUCACCCCAGUGGAUCAGAAUAUUGAGUACACAGUUACUCUGUGGCAUGAUCCAUAUUAAUAGACUUCUCGUCUUAAUAAAGUCUUCAUCUCUUCUUUCUCUUAAUUACUGAAGCAUAAAUUGCUCCAGAGAAAUUUAAAUACUAAUAUUUGGACUUUUACAUAAUAUUCUUUGUAGUUCCUUUUUAUUUUUCGAGGGUGAACUGCUUCUUUUUAGUAAAUGAGUAUCUGUUCAUCCUGUUCCUUUGGGUCAUGAUAUUUGCCCGUGAGAGUUUUCAGCCAUAUGUGGAAUAGGAGAAUAUAAAAAUAAAUCUGCCAAAUGCAUUCAAAAGCAUUUGAAUAGAAGUGCUGGUUCCCACUGAAAACAUUUCUCUUUGCUGCAUAUACCAAGAUGGGAGUAAAAGAUGCCUUAAUAUUUAAUUUUUGUAUUGUUGGAGACAAUGGUUUUAAUAAAUUCCUGUUUAUCUGCUACUGUGUGGUUUUGGUUGUCUGGUAACAGGUCUCCU